AACCUCGCGAGAGUUCCCCCCGGACAAGAUGGCGGCGCGGUCGAGCCGCUGAGAGGAGCGGCCAGCGGCAGACGCGGAGCGGGAAAAGGCACAGCGGCGGCGGGCUCGGCCAGCAAGGCGUCCCCGAGCGGAGGCAGGAGGCAUGCCGGGACGGGACUCGCCCCCGCCGCGGCUCUGAGCGCUUCGGGCCCUUCCCUGCCGCCGCCGCAGCCGCCACUGGCUCCUCCUCUCCCCGCCGGGGCCCCCCAUCGCCCGGGGCCGCCGCUGGCGAUGACUGGAGAGAAGCUGCGCUCGCUGCGCAGGGACCAUAAGCCCAACAAGGAGGACGGGGACCUGCUGGCGCCCGGCGAGGAGGAGGCGACGGCCGCGCCCGGCGGAGGAGGGGGAGGAGGGGGCGCCUUCACCGGGGGCGGCAAGGGCGGCCGCCUCGCCGGGGGCCACCGCGUCUUCACCAACCACCACCGGCUGCCCCUCAAGGCCGGGCCCGGGGCCUCUUCCCCCGCCGAGGUCGAGAAGGCCGCCGCCGCCGCUGCCGCUCAGUUCCCCGUCCACGAGUGCGUCUUCAAGGGGGACGUCAGGCGCCUCUCGGCCCUCAUCCGCACGCAGGGCAUCGGCCAGAAAGACAGCCACGGAAACACUCCUUUACAUCUUGCCGUGAUGCUGGGGAAUAAAGAAUGUGCCCACUUGCUUUUGGCCCACAAUGCUCCUGUGAAAGUGAAAAAUGCUCAGGGAUGGAGUCCUCUUGCAGAAGCCAUCAGCUAUGGAGAUAGACAAAUGAUUACAGCACUGCUAAGGAAACUGAAACAACAGUCUAGGGAAAGCGUUGAAGAAAAGCGACCUCGAUUAUUAAAAGCCCUGAAGGAGCUAGGUGACUUCUAUCUUGAACUUCACUGGGAUUUUCAAAGUUGGGUGCCUUUACUUUCCCGAAUCCUGCCUUCCGAUGCAUGUAAAAUAUAUAAACAAGGUAUAAAUAUCAGGCUUGACACAACACUUAUAGAUUUUACUGACAUGAAGUGCCAACGAGGGGACUUGAGCUUCAUUUUCAAUGGUGAUGCCGCACCCUCUGAAUCCUUUGUAGUUUUAGACAAUGAACAAAAAGUUUACCAACGAAUACAUCAUGAGGAAUCUGAAAUGGAAACAGAGGAAGAAGUUGACAUUUUGAUGAGCAGUGAUAUUUAUUCAGCAACAUUAUCAACCAAAUCAAUUACCUUCACACGUGCCCAGACAGGAUGGCUUUUCAGAGAAGAUAAAACAGAAAGGGUAGGAAACUUUUUGGCAGACUUCUACCUAGUUAAUGGGCUUGUGUUAGAAUCGAGGAAAAGACGAGAACAUCUAAGUGAGGAAGACAUCCUUCGCAAUAAGGCUAUCAUGGAAAGUUUGAGUAAAGGUGGAAACCUGAUGGAACAAAACUUUGAGCCUGCCAGGAGGCAGUCUCUUACGCCUCCCCCACCCAACACGAUUACGUGGGAAGAGUACAUAUCUGCAGAAAAUGGAAAAGCACCGCAUUUGGGUAGAGAACUCGUCUGUAAAGAGAGCAAGAAAACAUUUAAAGCCACAAUAGCCAUGAGCCAGGAAUUUCCUCUGGGAAUUGAAUCGUUAUUGAAUGUUUUAGAAGUAAUUGCACCCUUCAAGCACUUUAACAAACUCCGGGAAUUUGUGCAGAUGAAACUUCCACCAGGCUUUCCUGUAAAGUUAGAUAUACCUGUAUUUCCAACCAUCACAGCCACUGUGACUUUUCAGGAGUUUCGCUAUGAUGAAUUUGAUGAAUCAAUCUUCACAAUUCCUGAUGACUACAAGGAGGACCCUAGCCGCUUUCCUGAUCUCUAACAUAACUGGAAAGUUGUCAGCGAAUAAAGAAUACCAGCAUGCCACAGAGAGAAAAACAGGAUGCAGAAAGCCCACAUACAUGUUUCAUAAAGUGGGUGAAAUAGGAAGGGAUAAAACUUGUUUAAAUGAAUUCAGAAAGGGAACACAAAGUGAAUCUCAAUCCAUUGUACCAUCUAACAAGCAUCCCAUCUAGUGUCUAAAUGAGAGCAGGUCUCCUGAUGCGUCAUAUACAUUUAUACAUCCAGACCUGCAAGCAUGGUAGCCUGGCUCCUCAGUGACUCCCCGUCCCUCCAUCUCCCCACAGAUACAUAACAGCUAUAAAGACUGUCGUCUGUUUUUUUUUAAUGAUGUUUCUUGGAAAUAAUAAUAAUAAAACUCUCUUGGACCAUUAGCAUAAAAACUAAAAUGUCUUACCUGGCUGUUAACCUUUUAAAACACCCAUCUUCCUCAAGAUGCCCUCAUAACCUUCCUUCAAGCUUUGUUUUCAUAAAUUGUAAAUUCUGUAAUAUUCCGUGAACUGAGCAUCAGUUGAACAUAUAGUAGAAGGAAUUACUUUUCUGUAGAUGAAUGAACCAAAUGGUAACCAUUUAAACCAUUGCAUUUACUUAUUGCAAUAUGUUUCAGAACUAGAGCAUUCACUCUGCAGGGAAUAAGGUACCUCCUCUUAGCACCUUAGUGCAAUUCAUUGUGGUGCUAUUCUAUUUUUUCCAAACUGUUAAUUUCUCCACGGAAAGUUGUUUACUAAUCUUCUCAUGAAAUCUGCAGACAUAACUUCAAUCUGAUUGCCGUGUGUGUUAGAGAGCAUGCUUGGAGACUUCUUUGGCCUACAAGUUGAAUUGCUGACAUUUUAUUUUGGGUUUAGCAGAUCCACAGAAGCUGCCCAACAAACACACAAGCCUUGUAUUAUUACAGCAACAUUUGGGAAUAUAUGGAAUAUAUGCAGUUACUUUAAAAACAAUCUCAGAACUUCAGCUUUUCUGAAGUAAAAGCUGGGAGAAAUGAAUAGGGCUUGCAAUGGGUAAAAGAAAUAAACAAAACCCCACAAGAAUAAGGCUGUUUUCCAGUGUGGGUAACUAGAGAAAGGCUGUUUGUUUUUCUCUAGGUGAAUUUUUAAAAGCAACGAUCUUCACAUGGUUCCAGGGUAUUGAAACUUGAAGAUCACUCGGCCUUUUUGCUUUACUGGAAAGAAUGUGUCCCAAAUUGUCAAUCCCUAUGUUCAUUUGUAUCCAGAGGUUUAGCUUCCUGUAAGGUGUAAAUGUAUAAUAAUGUAAAUAUUUUCAGAAGUAUAUUCUUUGUGCAGUCUGGUCAAUCUUUUUUUUUUAUUCCUGGAAGCUGCUUGAGUCACUUUUGGACUUCAAGAAAAACACUGCGCUGGGUAAUACGCUCAGUUGGAAUGUGAAAUGGGAUGGAGUAAGUUAGCACGCAAUAAAACCAGACUCAUGAGCCACAUAAGCUUUGUCAGGUGAAAAAAAAAUUAAAGAAUGGUCACAAGUCGUUUUAUACUCGAAUCAUGUGCAGAGAGGUAACUAGAAGAUUGGGGCUUUAUGACUUACAACAGUGGAGAAUCAUUGGGCCCAAUUCCAGAAAUAUUGUAAAUGUGUUCCAAUCUUAACUGAUGUUGGAAAGGAAGACUGACAGCUCUAUGUCUGAACACAGCCUCUGCUGACUUCGUAGGUAUUGCUGUAGGUGCCAUGCUUUGGAAAGUACCAUUUCAGUACCAGUAUCCAUUAUGACAGGUGCAGCCUACCCUUGUAAAUAGAUAAUUAUAAAAUGGAGAGGCAUUCUGUCAUUUAAAAAAAAAGUAAUUACACUGUUUCCUCUUGUGAGAUGAUUCCUAGAAGAAACAUUGGGCAUGUGAAUGCCUGACCCUCUAAGGCAGUGGUUCUCAACCUGUGGGUCCCCAGAUGUUUUGGCCUUCAACUCUCAGAAAUCCUAACAGCUGGUAAACUGGGAUUUCUGGGAGUUGUAGGCGAAAACGUCUGGGGACCCACAAGUUGAGAACCACUGCUCUAGGUUGAACCUAGUUAGCAGGUUCUAUCAGUGGAAUGAGGAGAGUUAUUGACCACUGUCCCAUCAAUCUUCUGAGACUUGGGAGAGAACCCCCCUGGAACAGAUUUGGAGAGCGGAGGCUGCUUGAUGGGAAGAGAAAUCAAAAUCUGUUAUGUGAAUGAAGGCUUGCUCUUGUGAUAUAGCACCGUGCUCUUUGGUGUCAGGCCAGCAAGGCAUCUCAUGAACUAAGAGAUGCUUUAUACGAAAUAUAUAACAUUGUUCUCAUAAUGAAUGGGCUUGAUUUAGAUGACCAUACAUCUGAGAAAAUAUGCCUUUGAUCAUCUCCUGUACUACUGGGUAAAUAAUACCAAAGUUGUCUGUCAUACAGCUCUAAAAAAACAAUGGUUAUCCCAAGUAGUGUCACACUAGCAUGUAGCAAAUAGGUUUUUUUCAUGGGGGGUUGGGUGUUGACUUAGUUGGGUCUAGAGGAAGCCCAUUUUAAUUCAGUCUCAUUUAUUUCAGUGGGUCACGUGAAAGACCAAUCUAGAAGUCUUACUCCAAACCAGUGGAAUUACUGUCAUGUUUCAUGGAAUCAUAAUCCUUGCCGAGUAAGUUAUGUCUGCGAGGAGUUUUAAUUUAUACCAUCCUUGACAAAAGUGAGCCCUCCGAGAUUUUGCACACCUCUGUCUACCCAGUGUAUUAACAUGGGUAGAUUUUGAAAUUAUCUUUUUCCUCAUCCUGUUUUGAAAUACUUAACAAUAUAAAACAUAUAUUUUCAUUUGCUUCCAGUAGUGGAUUGGGGGCGGGGAUCAAAAUUUGGCCUGUGGCCAAAUGUAUGUAUGCUUUGCUUGGUUAGCCAUGCAUGAAACUUCUCAUUUAAGAGGUCGAUCCACAAAUACAAAAGUAGCUUUCUUGUACUUGGAACCUUUUUUUUCAUAUAAGUGCAAGACACAUUCCUUUAAAAAGAGCUCCGUGGAUAUAUUGUCCUACUUAAAGCCAGAUUAGGAAGUGUUACACAGGAGAUACUGAUGCUUGGUUAGAUACAUGAAUGAAGGAAAAUGGUUUAGCACUUAGUAGUUAUGCACUUCAAAUUACCCACUGUGGCUCCUUUUAGAUUUACUCAUAUAUUUUUUCUCACAAUAACCAUGUCACAAUUUGGUAACUUCUGUAAUUUUGCAUGGCAUACCCUUGGGGUUUUUUUAAGGUUACCCCUAUUAGUUGGUAUUUAAAACUUCCAGUUUCAUGGAACAUUUCUGAAUAAUUUUUGACAAUGUAUUGUCGAAGGCUUUCAUGGUCGGAAUCAUUGGGUUAUAGGUUUUUCAGGCUGUAUGGCCAUGUUCUAGAAGUAUUCUCUCCUGAUGUUUCGCCUACGUCUAUGGCAGGCAUCCUCAGCCAUAGAUGCAGGUGAAACGUCAGGAGAGAAUGCUUCUAGAACAUGGCCUUACUGCCCAAAAACACAACAACCAAUUUUAUGACAAUUUUGGAAAUAGGAUUGUUGCGGUAGGAUUAUGAAGAUACAUUCAUGCAAAAAAAAAUUCGUAAAGCACCAAACACUAAAAAACAUCACAAGUGGCCAGGUUAGGAUGAAGUGCCUCUUCCAUGCUUCUAGAUCAUGACUGGAAGGGAAUAUCUUUGAAAAGUAGAAUGUAAUUGAAUUAGUGUUACUUUGGACAGAUUAAAUAUAUGAGAAUUUUGUUGAGGUAUGUCUUAAAAUCUAGGAAAGUGUUUUGGUUAUCAUAUAUAUGGGAUCUUUUUUAAGAUUUCCCAAAACUCUUCUUUACCAAACUUACUGGUCUUCCAAAUAAUCGCUUUAAUUAAUGGCAAAGGGAAUAAUAAUCUUUCCAAGCAGUUAGUGUUUCAGUCACUUUAUGUUUCGAGUUUGCAGUUUAUGGUUACCUGACAGUUUGUAUCAGAUAAUACACUUGUGGAUAUAAAUCUGUGCUGGAAACUCAUUUUAUGUUGAACAUAAUAUAUUCAGAAAGUCAAAUUUUAAAGAUAUACUUGUUGAUUUUGAUCCAUUAAAGUUACUUUAUUUAAACUUUAUUAACAAACUUCCUAUAAUGCUGCAGUUUUUCUUUAACCAUUUAUAAUUGUGGAAACUUAAUGUCAUUUUUGUAUAUUUCUUUUCAUGCGUUCUUUGUCUAAUCUAAACUCACCUUCACUAAUAGGGUUUUUGGUUGUACCACUUAGAACUAAGACCAAAAGAUGCUAUUUGCUGAACAUAUGAACAUUUUCAGAUCUAUUAUUCUAAUGUGUGUGGACACUUCCUCCAUAUUAGAGGAAGAAUAAGAAGUACAAAAAGGCUGUUACAGUGUACCACUUUCACAAGGACAUUUUAUUGGUCAGUUUUUCAAUAAAAUCCUCAAUUUUCAGUGCA